GCAAUCGAUAGUUUGUUGGUAAGAGUCAUGUAUGUACAGAAUCACGCGACAAAUACUUUAGCUUAAGCAUGAAGAUGUCAAAGAUUGGCCAAUUUCAUACAGUAAUCACUCUAGUCGCAUAAUAUUCAGACCAAUUAAGGAAGUAAAGUAAAUGUGAAGCCGAUUGCAGCAGUUAACAUUCGUCAUAUUGUCCUUCAGGAGCUGAGCAAAGAAUCGAACAUGGCCUACUCGUAUGACAUAGAAAACAGUCACGGAGACUGAUGGAGUAUGGUCUUCCGGUAUUGGAAGAAAUCAGCCCUUAUCGCUGCAAUUGUAUUCUUCUCAUUUCUUUUUUCGCUGUACUACUUGCCAUCCAGUGACGACAGCUUCUUCAGAUCUGGGCGACUGUUCAGAAGUGACAGGAGUCGUUUUUUGACUCAGGUUCGACAGGAUAAAUUUGAAUUAAAGAGGCCUCAAUUUGCCGGAGAAGCGGGCAAGGUGGAAGAUGAAUCUGACACCAUAUCUGCUGACCGUCGUCAAUUCAUAGUUAAUAUGACUAAAUUUGCUUGGAAAAAUUAUCGGAAAUAUGCAUGGGGUUUCAACGAAUUGAAACCUUUAUCACGCUCUGAGCAUAGUGCAUCAGUGUUUGGAAGUGGAAAAUUGGGUGCAACUAUUGUGGAUGCGCUUGACACUUUGUAUAUUAUGGGACUAAAAAAGGAAUAUGAGGAAGGCCGAAAUUGGGUGGAAAACUUUUUCGAUCUAAAGGUUUCCACAGCUGAUAUAUCUGUUUUCGAGACGAAUAUCCGUUUUAUUGGGGGUUUGUUGGCUACUUAUGCGUUAACUGAAGAUAAGAUGUACAUACAAAAAGCAAUUAAUGUUGCAAACAUAUUGUUACCAGCUUUUGAGACACCAACUGGUAUACCUCACGCACUAGUUAAUCCUCUUUCGGGCCAAUCACAUAAUUGGGGUUGGGCUAAUGGCGGUUUUUCAAUAUUGUCGGAAUUCGGUUCCUUGCAGUUGGAAUUAGGUUAUUUAUCUCAACUCACUCAGAACUUCAUUUACUCUAAUAAGAUUGCACGCAUACGAGAAGUAGUACUUUCUAUAAGGACGGAAGAUGGUCUUUUCCCGAAUUAUUUGCAUCCGAGAUCCGGAAAGUGGGGUCCCAAGCAUGUCUCAGUUGGUGCAUUGGGCGAUAGUUUCUAUGAAUAUCUUUUGAAAUCAUGGCUUAGAUCAGGUAAAAAUGAUGCAGUUUACAAAGAAAUGUAUGAUGCAGCGUUAGCAGCAAUCAAGAAAUAUUUGUUACGUUAUUCAAGGCAAAGUCAUCUGGCAUAUUUUAUUGAGCUAAAGGGAAAACGUGAAGUGCACAAAAUGGAUCAUUUGGCGUGUUUCAUUGUUGGUUUGCUUGCUCUCGAAGCCUUUAACGAAAACGAUGUGAAGAGACGCAGUGAUACGAUAAAGCUUGCGGAAGAAAUUGCCAAUACAUGUCAUGAGUCAUACAUAAGAACUGCCACCGGUAUUGGUCCUGAAUCGUUUCGAUUCACAGAUGAAGUGGAGGUGAUGGCGAUAAAGGAUAGCGAAAAAUACUACAUUCUUCGACCUGAAGCGAUUGAGGGAUGGUUUUAUCUAUGGCGUGUAACAGGAAAGGACAAAUACAGGGAGUGGUGUUGGAUGGCUGCCAAAAAUAUUGAGAAAUACUGUCGAACAGCCGGAGGAUACUCCGGGAUAAAAAAUGUGUACAACUCAGACGUAGUACAUGAUGAUGUACAGCAGAGUUUUUUAUUUGCAGAAACAUUCAAGUAUUUAUACCUCACUUUCUCGAACGACAGUAUCAUGCCUUUGAAUAAAUGGGUAUUUAAUACCGAAGCUCAUGCUUUCCCAAUAGUCUCACAAACCGAGUUCUAAUAUUUUUGAAUUAUAGGUGUAACUCAUGAAGUCCUUCUGUUAUUUAAAGAUAUUGUUGGCAAGAAAACUUUAUUUCUUUUUCUUAAAUUCCAGUGAUGAAAGUUGUGAUUUUUCAGGAAAAUACUGGCCCUACUACUCUUUAGCUGCAUAUUUCCUUUUCCUUUCGCAUAUUAUUAAUACAUUGAGGUUGUCAAAUCUUAUAUGCCUGUUUUAAGAACC